AUGGCCAGUAGAUUGGAAAGAUCUGUCUUCUUGUCGCUGCCAAAGAAAGGCGAUAUUAGAGAAUGUUCAAACAAUCGAACAAUAUCCUUAAUUGUUCACAUGAGCAAAAUACUUCUGAAGAUAAUCCAGAAAAGACUAACACCCUAUAUUGACAGAGAAAUAUCAAUUGAGCAAGCUGGAUUUAUUAAAGGAAGGGGAACUAGAGACCAAAUCGCAAACAUCAGAUGGGUAAUGGAAAAGACGGCAGAAAUUACCAACUUUGAAGUAGAUGGGGAAUCCAUCGAGGUAGUACAGGAAUUCAAUGUUCUUGGCUGUACAUUAACCAGAACCUCUGAUCACACAAAAGAAAUUAGAAGGAGGCUACUGCUGGGUAGGAAGGCUAUGAACAAUUUGACAACGAUAAUGAAAGACCAAAACAUCACACUAAAUACCAAGAUAAGAAUAAUCGAAGCAUUAGUAUUUCCUGUUGUUUCAUAUGGAAGUGAGACAUGGGUAAUAAGAAAAGCAGAAAUGAAAAAGAUUGAAGCCUUUGAACUUUGGGUAUGGAGAAGACUCCUAAGGGUGCCGUGGACAUCUAGAAGAACGAAUGAAUGGGUACCAGGCCAAAUAAAAACAGAAAGAUCAUCAUUCAACACCAUCAGAAAGAGGCAGUUAACCUAUUAUGGCCACAUAAAUAAAGCAGACAACAGUUUAGAAAAACUGAUAAUGCAAGGAAAAAUUGAAGGGAAAAGAGGAAGAGGAAGACCUGCAACAAAGUGGUUUGACAACAUUAAGACGAUCAAAACAAGAAAUGUUUAUCAGCUCAACAAAGACACUAAAAAUAGAGCUGAAUGGAGACGUCAGGUUCAUAACAACACCAGGGGUCGAACGACCUGA